GAAGGCGCAAGAAGAGCUGGUGAGCAGGAUGUGAAGGGUCUAAGAGGAUUUUUUAUGCUCUUGUCUGAGUUCUGGAAGUGUGCAAGUCCUCGAGAGUUGUGACGUCACUGGAAAGUGAGGGAGCACGGUGAAGAAGGUGGAAGAGGGCUGAAGGAGGGCAGCGGCUCCACAGUGGCGAGGGUAUGUGUGUAUCACUGAAGCGCAUUUUGUGCAAAUUGAACAUUCAGUGCUCUGACUGGAGUGAAUUUGGGCCACGGAGCACACGUCUGAAAAACGGUUUCCGUGCUAAUUGUCCACGGGAGACACUUUUCCACUCAGUCGAUGAUACUCUUGCUGCUUUCUGUGGAAAGAUGGUGCCAUUCUUUCUUCUUUUCUUCUUUGCUGCAUCGCCCUUACUCAGCGUAUCUUCACACAAUACAUCUGCUGGCCCAGAAUUACUGCUCCAGAGGGGUUUGUAGCCACAUCUACUGGAUAUGAGGACUCGCUAGUUGUGGAGUAAAGUUGUGCUAUCAUCCGUCCUCCCAGAGAUGGUGGUAUAAGAUACAGAGGCCUUACACAAGAGCAGAUUCGAAGUGUGCAGGUUCUCCCUGUUGACUAUGAAAUCGAAUACAUAUGCAGGGGAAACCGUGUGAUUGUGGGACCUAAGGUCAGGAAAUGUUUGCCCAAUGGGACUUGGACCGACCUGAGCCAACAAAGUAGAUGCUUAUUUUUAUGUCCUCGUGUCUGGACAUCUUUGGAAAAUGGUCGAGUGUCUUCUUGGCCACAAGGACUCCCAGUGGAGGGAACUGUGCUGCACUACAACUGCUUCCCUGGCUUCAUUUUGAUGGGCCGAAACUCGACACAGUGCAAUAAGUGGGGCAAGUGGGACACCCCCAAACCUGUGUGUCACUAUGACCGACAUUUCAAAGCUCUUGGCAAGAAGAAGCUAUACAUCGGAGCUCUCUUCCCAAUGAGUGGGGGCUGGCCCGGAGGGCAAGCCUGCCUCCCUGCUGCUAAGAUGGCCUUGGCGCUAGUGAAUGAGAGGGCUGAUAUUCUUCCUGACUAUGAGCUGGAGCUCAUAUAUUAUGACAGCAUGUGUGAUCCUGGAGAAGCUACCAAGCUGCUUUAUGACCUUCUGUACACAGAGCCCAUCAAGAUUGUGCUGAUGCCUGGGUGCAGCUCUGUGUCCACACUAGUGGCUGAGGCCGCUCGCAUGUGGAACCUCAUUGUGUUGUCCUAUGGGUCCAGUUCUCCAGCUCUCUCCAAUCGCCAGCGCUUUCCUACUUUCUUUCGUACUCAUCCGUCUGCUACACUGCACAACCCAACUCGUGUUCAGCUGUUCCAGAAGUGGAGAUGGACCAAGAUUGCCACCAUUCAGCAGACAACAGAAGUUUUUACAUCAACCCUGGAUGAUCUCGAAGAGAGAGUGAAGGAGGCUAGGAUUGAAAUCAGCGUUCGUCAGAGUUUCCUCACUGACCCUGCUGUGGCUGUCAAAAACCUCAAGCGUCAGGAUGCCCGGAUCAUUGUCGGCCUCUUCUAUGAGACGGAAGCCAGGAAGGUCUUUUGUGAGGUCUACAAGGAAAAAUUGUAUGGGAAGAAAUAUGUGUGGUUCCUCAUCGGUUGGUACGCAGACAACUGGUUUAAAAUCAAUGACCCAUCCAUCAACUGCACAGUGGAGCAAAUGACAGAAGCUGUAGAAGGUCAUGUCACCACUGAGAUUGUCAUGCUCAACCCAGAGACCGUACGAGGAGCCUCCAACUUGACAUCACAAGAGUUUCUAGACCAACUGAUGUCAAAGUUGGGGGGGAAAAACUCAGAAGAGACUGGUGGUUUUCAAGAAGCCCCCCUAGCUUACGACGCUGUGUGGGCUCUGGCUCUGGCUCUCAACAAAACCGUGGGACCUCUGAAGGCCAAAGGCCACCGCCUGGAAGACUUCAAUUAUAACAACCGAGAUAUAACUGCAGAAAUCUACCGUGCCCUCAACACCAGUUCCUUCGAAGGAGUUUCAGGUCAUGUAAUAUUUGACGCCCAAGGUUCUCGGAUGGCUUGGACUCUAAUUGAACAGCUUCAAGGAGGAAGCUAUAAGAAGAUUGGAUACUACGACAGUACCAAAGGCAAUCUGUCCUGGUAUGGGAAUGACAAAUGGAUUGGGUCUGGACCACCUGCUGACCAGACAAUGGUUAUUGAGGAGUUUCGUUACCUGUCUCAGAAGCUAUUCGUGUCUAUGUCGGUGUUUUCUGGUUUGGGAAUCGUGCUGGGGAUCAUUUGCCUUACUUUCAAUAUCUACAACAGCACUGUCAGGUAUAUUCAGAACUCGCAGCCAUACCUUAACAACAUGACUGCAGUGGGCUGUAUGAUGUCACUAGCUGCCAUCUUCCCUCUGGGCAUUGAUGGACUUCAUGUCCACAGGAAGCAUUUUCCUAUCGUCUGCCAGUUUCGCCUGUGGCUGCUCGGUCUGGGUUUCAGUCUUGCAUAUGGCAGCAUGUUCACCAAGAUCUGGUGGGUCCAUACCGUCUUCACCAAGAAGGAUGAUAAGAAGGAUAAGAAGAAGCACCUGGAGCCAUGGAAGCUCUACGCUACUGUUGGCAUCCUGCUUGGCCUCGACAUCUUGUCUCUCAUGAUCUGGCAGAUUGUGGAUCCUUUACAUAUCACAGUGGAGAAAUUCACCCGAGAAUCCCCAAAAGGAGACCUGGACGUUUUAAUCCAACCAUUAUUGGAGCACUGCAGCUCGGAAAAAAUGAACACCUGGCUGGGUGUGGUGUACGGUUACAAAGGCUUACUGCUGCUGCUCGGGAUAUUCCUGGCUUAUGAGACCAAGUCUAUCUCCACGGAGAAAAUCAACGACCACCGAGCUGUGGGCAUGGCCAUCUAUAAUGUUGCCGUCCUCUGUUUAAUUACAGCCCCCGUCACCAUGAUCCUGUCCUCUCAGCAAGACGCUUCAUUUGCCUUCGCUUCCCUGGCCAUUGUUUUUUCUGUCUACAUCACCCUGGUGGUUCUGUUUGUUCCUAAGAUGCGACGUCUGAUUACCAGAGGUGAGUGGCAAUCAGACGCCCAGGAGACGAUCAAGACUGGUUCAACCAUGAACAACAAUGAUGAGGAGAAGUCCAGACAGCUGGAGAGAGAGAACAAGGAGCUACAGAAGAUCAUACAAGAAAAAGAAGAACGUGUAUCAGAGCUCAGGAGCCAGCUGUCUGAGCGACAGGCCCUUCGAUCUAGGAGAAGACCAUCCACUGUCUCCAAUCAAAACCACAGCAAUCCACCCUUAGGUGUCCCCCCACCUGACCCCAGAUCACUGGCUCCACCGCCUGGGUACCCUGGACCCACUUCGGACCUGCAUGCAGUCUCCCCAACAUUUGCCAAUUCAUCUAGCCUUUACCAGCCUGACAACAAAAUCAGCCGCAAUAACUGUCACACCAGCCGGCUGCAGAUGCUCUACAAAUGAAGUGAACGUGACCUGAUGGUUUUCAUGACAUCCAUUGUACAAGUUGAUGAACAAAAUAAGGUACAACACGUUGCCUUAUCUUAUCUGUGAAGUGCGGAAUUUUGCAUCUGUCAUAUCCUAGUGGUGUGUGAUGCCAACUACGAGUUCAGAUAAUUGUUCCAUGUUGACCGUUUACUAAGCUUAUCCUACUUCAGGACAGCGCUGUUGCUGAGACUUAUUCUUUCAGCAAGCUGCUUGGAUUAUGGUCCUACUGCUCCAUCAGAAUCAGGCAAAUUUAAAUAAUACUAUCUUGGAACAGUCUUCCAUCCGUGCCACGAGAGCUAACUGGGGAAGAGUCUUUUUUUUUUCUCGCAAUCAAUGGCCAAACUGCACAGAACCACAUUGAUGUCAAAGCUUGAUGGACAGCCAGAAAAGUUAUGUGUUUUUUCUCUUUCCCAACAUACAAACAAAACCUAAAAAAUACAUCAAGUUCAAAACUAACUACAAUAAGUAACAUUCAAUCGAUAAUAUUGAGGAAUCCCCUUUUGCUCUGGAUGCAGUUCAAAUGUGUAUAUGGUGGAUCCUCCAGGAUUAAAGCUCAGUAGUAAUCGUGGACAUGUAAAGCAUAAUCGUAGUGGCACACCCCACAGUUAAGAGGGGCGGAGUGGAAAGUGACUCAUUUACAUGCCACUGUACAGCUCAUAUAUCAGCUUCCUCAUCUAUAUUUGCAUAUUUAGAGACUGUGCUGUCAUUAUGGAUCCUUCUAGGAUUGUGACAAAGGUAUCUUUUGUUAAGACACUUAAGAACAGAUAUCAUUUCUGGAAAAAUGGCAUAUAUCAUUUUUAAAUUCUGCAGUGGUUUCCAACCUUGUAAUUACAACAAUACAAUAUAUUAUCUUGUACAUUUACAAGACCAAAAAAGUACUGAGAAUGACAAAUAAUGAAAAUAUGUAUGUCAGGAAGUAUGGUGGGGACACAGUUCUUAGGACCGAGGUUCAAAUCCUGGACCCACCUGUGUGGAGUUUGAAAAUCCUCCCCGUGCCUGUGUGUGUUUUCUACGGGCACUCCCGUUUCCACCCACAUCCCAAAAUCAUGCAUUAAUUAGGGACUCUAAAUUACCCCUUGGUUUGACUGUGAGUGUGACUGUUGUCUGUCUUUGUGUGCCCUACGAUUGUAUGGCAACCAGUUUAGGCCUCCUGCCUGAUGAUAGCUCGGAUAGGCCCCACCCCUCCUGCAACCCCUGUAAGGACAAGCGGCUCAGAAAAUGGAUGGUUGGACGUUUCUCACACAAUGAUAUGGUAAUAUAAUGAAAUGUUUUGGCACAUUUACAGUAUGUUACUGAGGAAGAACUAAAUUGAUGAAGUAAUCUCUUUUUCUGGAUGUGGUUGAUCAUCAACCAGAAGUUUUUCUCACUAAUAUUUCACAAUACUCGUCGGGGAACGGAUUUCAGCUGCACCCUUCAUGUGUGGCAUUGUAUGUUCGCUCUGGGGUUGGGUGGGUUUUCUUCAGGUCCAAAAACGUCCAAGUUAACUGAAUAAAAUGUCGGUAGGUGUAAAUGUGAGAGUGAAUUAUUGUCUUUAUAUGUGCCCUGCGGUUGACGACUACUCCUAAUAUAGGGUCUACCCUCCCUAUCUCCAAAAGCAAAAAACAAAAUCAACACCAUCUGGAGAAGAACAAUGGAAACCUAACAAUGUAACAAAUCCAAGCGGAUCGAAAUAAUGCAAAGUAAGGUAUGACUGUUGUAGCACAGCAACUAAUAUAUUUUUGUGAUGCAACGAGUGGUUUUGUGACAUGCCAAAGUCAGCUGAUAUCAGCUGAUUCAAACUCAGCCCUCAUCAGUUGAUUACUCAGUAAUCACUUCUAGGCUUCCUGUAGUGAUAAAAAAAAAGAUUAAAUGUCACAAUCAUAAGGAAGAACCGGGGAUCCCAAAACCCUACUUGUUUUUUGCUUUUUUACUGCCAGUUUAAUCACACUCACAUCCAAUGCUAACUUUGUCAUAAAUAUAGUAAAUUCUUGUAGGAUUGUGGCAGGUCAAAUACAAAAACUUGUCAGCAUUUUACUUUUGAAAUUUGUCUUGAUCAAUCAUCAACACUGAAUAUGAAGUACAUAUAAAACUUAUUACAAACACAUCGAAUGUUAAUACUGGGGGGAAAAAAAUCAAAUCUGAUACAAUGUUUGACCAUAAUUUUAAGACCAGUUCCCUAAUUAGAUUUCAGCAUAUACUGUAUUUUUGAUUAGUUGAUGAGUGAUGAGUAACUUUUGCUUCCUACAUUUAAAGACAAAUACCUGUAAAUUUUAUUCCCACUACUCAAGAUUGCAUGUUGAUUUUCUUCAGCCUUUACAGAGGAAAAGACAAUUUUAGAAAAACUAGCAAAAUAGAUGAUGGUAUUUCGUUGUGCAAUCAGUGAAAAAUACCUCAUUCAUUUUCUGGGUGGAGAUGCACCAAGAGUUACAACCUCAAUCUCAGAGCUCAGGGGGUUGGGACAGAAACUGACUUUGGCUUUUGUAACAUAAUUUGCAAAUAAAAGUUUGGUCACUUUGUGGCUACUACUAUGAAGUCCUGCCUCUGCACAAAACAGUAUUGUGAAUUGCUGUCUCUAAACAAAGAAUUAUUCCCUGUAUGGCUAAAUUGCACAAAGUAAGCCCAGUGCUGGUUUGAGAUAUAGGUCUAAUUUGACCAUGCUCGUAACUCAAAAGACUUGUAUCUCAAAUCCAUCCAUCCCCAAUGAAAAGAAUGGAAAUGCCAUUAAUCUGUAGCAGAGUUCUGACUCACCCCCCCCAAAAUAAAUGUUGGAAUAUGUAUUUUAAUGAGGAAAAAAUAAUUUACUUUGCCAUUAUUUAUCCAGGUAAGGAAGUUGAGAACAGAUUCUCAUUUGCAAUGCCAAUCUGGCUGCAGACAACAGAAUGGAAAAAAUAAAAGCAUCCGCAAGUAAAUACAACAAAAACAGCAGUUUGUGUGUGCGUAUGUGUGUGCUGUGAAGAAAUGUAAUGUCCAUCCAAUUUCUGAGCCGCUUAUCCCCACAGGGGUCAUAUGCGUGCUGGAGCCACCCAAUCACAGGGCACAAACAAACAAACAACAGUCGCACUCACAAUCAGACAUGAUUGCAAUUUAACAUCUUUAAUUAAUGCAUGUUUUUGGGAUGUGGGAAGAAACCGGAGUGCCCAGAGAAAAACCCAUGCAGAGAAACUGCAAACUGCACAAAGGCGGGCUGGGAUUUGAACCGUGGUCCUCAGAACUGUGAGGCAGACCCUCUAACCAGUCUCCCCACCUAUUUUUGCAGUUUGCCCACUUAAUGUCUUUAAAAACAUGUAAAUGUCAUCCAGACAUUUUCAACAUCGGUUAUCCUCUUCAGGGACACGGGGCGCUGGAGCCUAUCCCAGCACACUUUCAGCAAAAGGUAGACUACACCCUGAAAUGGUCGCCAGUCGGUUGCAGGGCACAUAUAGAAAAGGACAGUCAUUUGCACUCACAUUCACACCGUUACUGAGUGGGAACUGAACCCAUGCUGCUCGCAUCAAAGUCAGGCAAGUGUACCACUACAACAGGAGUCGGGAACCUUUUAGGCUGACAGAGCUAUAAACGGAAAUUAUUUCAAAAUGUAAUUCUAAAAGCAAUACAAUAUUUUUAAAACUAAAUACAAGUGUAUUUGUGCAUUGUAUGUAAGACCAACACUUUAAGAGUACAAUAAAUCUCUACAUUUUUUGAAAUAACAUUAUGAAUUUGCUAACCAAUGAUGAAAAGUACUUCUUACUACUAAUGCGACUUCUGGUGCUGCAUGGUUUUGCUGAUGGGUUUGUAGUGUGUUUCAUACGUCAUUCGAAUAAACUUCAUGCAGCUGUUGAGACUUCUAUCCGUUAUCCGUGAACAUAGGUUGGUCUUUAUGUUUUUUUUAAUGUGAUACAGACUUUUCACAAACAAAGGUAGAACCAGACAUUGUCAGUACAGCAAUAGUCACACAGUGCAGUGUGUGGUACUGUAUGUGACGGGAAGUACGUUCCAAGUUUUCACAAUCAGUGGGUCUGCAGGUUUAAUUUUUUUUCAUUUCUCCACACCUAGGUGCACUCGCCAACAAUGCUUAGGCUGAUCCAGUGGUGUGUGUAUGGCGCGUUUCGAAGAGGCCCUCUAUAUUUGAGCAUUUCAUUGUUGCAAUUUUGUCAUUAUAAAUUAGACACAAAGGAACCUUCUUUCUCCACAAAAGUGAAUUUCUCUGUCCAUUCUUACUGAAAACAGCGAUACUGUACUCCUCAUCUCUUUUUCUUUUUGCUAUCUUUGUCAAAAGCAUUUCCACAAUUAAUUUCCCUUUGAUCUGCGUUCGACCCUUCUGCACCUCCCAUGUCGACUUCAAUAUUGGACAGCAAACUACAGCAACCCUACUAGGACAAACAGCCUCUGGCUCAUUUCCAUUGCCUAGGUGACAGAAAUUACAUACUUUAUACAAUAUGUUGUUAUUAGGGCUCUGCGAGCCAUACGCAACCAUCAAAAGAGCCAGGUAUGUCUCGCGAGCCAUAGGUUCCUGACCCCUGCACGACACCAUCAAAGAUGUGUAUAUAUCAAAGUGAACUAAAUAAAUGAAAAAAUAUCCCAAACAAGGGAAAAUAAAUUAAUUGCUAUUUUUCAUUUACAGUAUUUUAUUUUAUAAGGGAAAGAAAAUAAGAAAAACUCCCUGAUGCUCUGUAAAAAGUGAUAUAGUUACUGUAUAUAUUUACAUAAAACUUUUUAUUCCCUCAUAACAAAGGUUCAUAACAGGCUAAAACCAGGUGCAACAAUCAUGUAAAGUAUCCCUCACUAACCUUUUAA